CGUGACCCUGCGACUCAACUGGCGCAAACUCGCUCAAAUUGGCCUCGGUGGUGAUGGCGUGGCGUGACAACCCAAGGCAGGUUGCAGGUAUUCGGACAGAGAGUGAACCCAAUCCGAACAAAAGCCCGAGGGAAUACACGCCUGGGCUGUCCCCUGUCAGAAGCUGGCUGGUGUGCCCGGAGUAUUGUUGGGGAUCGUAGCACACACAACCUGGGAACUUCGUCCUACGUCGGGGCCAAAUAAGAAACGCACAAGGCAAAUGUGCCACGGCCUGACAUGAAGCCCGUGUUGGCCAGCCCGGCCAAGAACUUAGGCAUCGCCUCACCACCACGACUGCCGCCGCCAUGUGGCUCCCCGGCAAAGCUAGCCCAAGCCUCAAUCUGCAUCUGGCAGGCACGACUGGGGGAUGGAGGGGUGGUUGCCGUAUCAUCCUUCCCAUCGGCCCCUUCCUCUCUAGGCUGAUCCAUCGCCUGCCCUAAUCUACCUCUUGCCUAUAUAUCGGACUAUCCGCCACCUUGUUUUAUACUUCACCAACGUUCGCACACAACUGCCAAAUCAAAUCCCCUCCGCCCUUUCAUAUCCCCCGCCCGAAACUUGGUCGACACACCGUGGACUUCGCCGCUUGUUGUUAGAGUAUAGGCCACAGGUUCCGUGAGCGCCUCAGCUAGGUGAAUAAAGAGGAGAAAGAAAAAACCAACGCCCACAAUGGAUCACGGCCACGGAGCCAUGACAACCACCACCUCAGCCGGCAUGUCCAUGGCUACCGGCGCGGCCAGCAUGGGCAGCAGCGGCGGCGGCAUGGGAGGCAUGGGCGAUGGCUGCAAGAUAUCCAUGCUCUGGAACUGGUACACCAUCGACAGCUGCUUCAUCGCGAGCUCGUGGAGGGUCACCUCGGCCGGCAUGUUCGCCGGCUCCUGCAUUGGCGUCGUCCUGCUCGUCAUGGUUCUCGAGCUCCUCCGCCGGUCCGUCAAGGAGUACGACCGCUUCCUGAUCCGCCAGCACCUGGCUGCCAACCCCGCCGCCGCCGCCUCGGACAGCGGGGACGCCUCGGCCGGCAGCAGCACCAAGGGCCCCGGCGACGACGUCGGCGUCGUGACUUCGUCCUCAGCCGCCGCAGCUGCUACCUGCUCCCCCAUCCUCGCGGCGCCCUUCAGGCCCACCCUGCCGCAGCAGGCCAUCCGGGCGCUGUUGCACAUGAUGCAGUUCGCCGUCGCCUACUUCGUCAUGCUACUAGCCAUGUACUACAACGGCUACAUCAUCAUAUGCAUCUUUAUCGGCUCCUACCUCGGAUACUUUGUGUUCGGCUGGGAAACCUUGGUUGCGGGAAACCGGUCACUUACAAGCGCUACGAAUGAGGCCACUGUGUGCUGCGGCUAAACAUCAAACUCAUCGUUGUCUUUGGGUCUCCUCUCUCAGUCAUUGAAAUCAAGGCUGCCGAGACGUGAGAGAGAUGACAAGUUCAAAGGACAACAACGAAACCAACCCAUACAUGUUGGCGAUACGCGAUGAUUUCCAUUUAUUAUCCAGGCCGCACCAGACAGCAUACAUGCCUGCGUCGAAGAAAUACAGCAGCGGCGCUCCACCAACAGCGUUGCUCUCAUGAACAUGUUGAGGGUGUCUAGUCGUUGCCCUAAUAUCAUGCACACACCCACACUUUUGCCCAGAAACUAGACGCGGAUUUCACAGACAAGUUGACAAGAAUAGGUGGUGGCUCAGAAGAUUAUACCAAUACUGAUAUCAACAGGGAGGAAAAUGAGAUAGCCUUGCGAUGAUGCAAACCCUGGUGCUGAAAAUGCCGAUCGAAUAUGCCUUGAUCUUUUACUCUGCUUUCCUUUGUACGCCCCAAUUCGAAACAAAACUGUAACUCCGGCGCAAUGGGACGCUAGAAAUGGCGCCGAUUUGACCAAGAAACCCCGACGAGAGGAGGUAUUACAAAGAAAAAAUGGCACUGGUGUAUACCGAGUCCCAA